AUGCAUGAUGAUUUAACUCCAAUAUUCUACCCCAAGUUUCUGCGACAGUUGGGUUUGCUGCCGACCUGGCAGUUUGGCGAUGUGUAUGGAAUGGACCCCGAGCUUCUGAGCAUGGUGCCCAGGCCUGUGUGUGCUGUCCUGCUGCUCUUCCCUGUCACAGAGAAGGUAGGUCUGCUCCAGCAUCUCCAAUCUAGUGUGUUUGUUUGACUUAGGCUAUUUAGUAGAAAUCAGUCACAGCUGGUAAGUGUAAAGGUUGGUAACCUGUCUUCUACACUAUGCUAAAAAAAUAUACUCUGUUGUCCUGAUUGAUCAACCUGUGUUUUCAGCAAGUGUGAAAUGGUAUUUUACACUUGAAAAUGAUUUGACAGUCAAAUAUACUGGUACACGCAUGUAGAGUUGUGGUGUUUGCCGGCAUUCACCACACGUGCAUUCUGCAAUAAUUUUGUAUUUUAUACAUUUAUUUAUUAACAUUCUGGAAUUGUUAAAAUUCCAGAAUUCCCCAAAAAAAGUAACUACAGUAGAAUAUAAUCAAAAGAAGAACACACAAGUUAGGAAAACAACAUGACACACUUUCCCUCUCCUCUGCCAUUUUUCAGUACGAGUCUUUCAGGCUGGAGGAGGAGGCCAAGAUCAAGGCCCAGGGCCAGGAGGUCUCCCCAGAUGUCUACUUCAUGAAGCAGACAAUCGGCAACGCCUGCGGAACAAUAGGCUUAAUUCACGCUGUGGCCAACAACCAGGAGCAUCUGGAAUUUGGUACGUGGCUGUCACACCCUGGGUGACGUUUCCCCUAGGUACAGAUCUAGGAUCAGCUUCCCUCCCCCCAAUCCCUGUGGGGGAAAUGAAAAACCCUACAUCACCUGUCACAGGGCGGAUGACUGUCCUUAUUGAGAUGGCGAGGGUCAAAAUGGCAUGCUCACAGUUUGGCAAUGUCAAAUGACUAGUCGAGGAUGGCUUUGAUAAAUUAUUGAAAAAAUGAGGAUAUGAAAAAUGUCAUUGCGUUGUCGUUCCGUAAAAUUAUUUCACUAAUUUAAUCGUGCAAAGGAUUUUCCUGUAGUGGCAAGAUUAAUUUAGUCAAUCAAUUAUUUGCUAUCCCUUUUCCUUUCUUUGCCACCAAAUGUUUGCAUAUAGCCUACUGGUAAUGUUACCAGGGCCACGUUCAGUUGCAAAACAUUCUCGAACAUUGCGUUAUUCCUUAUUCAACACGUCCUGCUGAACGCGCCCCAGGUUGUUAUCUAUAGCUAGCUAAUGAAGUAACAUGACUGAACAAGGUGUAGCCUAAACAAAUGGUUAACGGUCCGAUCCACUUUAUGAAUGUAAAAUGCGGCCCGACAAUGCGCGAUAGAAGGAAAGAAAACAUAGUUCCGGUAUUAUGGAUCAUAUAUUUUGAACGGUAAGGGCUAGAAUCAAGCCAUGUUCUCUGAGGAAAAGAGGGAGACUUGGCUACGUUGGUUACAGAACCUGGCUAUGAAAUGCAGUGGGGAAUGUUAAGCGAGACUACAAGUUCAAAGACGGCCUACUUUUCUAACUCAAGGGAGAGAAAAACAUAGCUAGACUGUUGUUUUUACGAUUAAACUCAAUGCUACUAUUGUUUUUAAUUUCGUAAAGCAGCUUGUUUCUUAACCAGGCAAAGGGUAGCUAACUAGAAGGCUGGGGGUGACUGGUUAGCUACCGGGAAGCAAGAGUGUCACCUGUGCCAGGGUGUGCCUAUAAUAAUCUGAGCCGGAGUGGAGCCUGUCUGCCCACAUCCAUCGCUUGCUCCCCCGCAGCUCACCAGCUGAUGUAGUCUGUGUGUGGCGCUUCCUUCCCACUGCUGAACACAACUGCGCAUCUGUGCUGCCAAUAUUAAUUGUGCUUAUCAAUGAAAAGCUCUCAAUCUCUCCCAAAACUCUUGUCCAGUCCACUUAGUAGUCAGAUUUUAGUCACAGAGAUAAUUUCAUCUCUUCUCGUUUUAGUCAACUGAAAUGAAAAUUAAUUUUCAUUUGGUUAUAGUUUUUUCUGGGUCUAUUUAGUCAGUUAUUAGUCUCGUCAAUUGCCACUGAAAAGUAGGUGUUUGACAAAAAUGUUAGUCACUAUUUCUGUUGAUGAAAUAACACUGCUCAGUGGUAUAACUUUCUGUAUGUUUCAUGCUUAUCUCUACUCGUCCUCCCAGAGGCUGACUCUCCACUGAAGAUGUUCCUGGUACAGUCCACUAAACUGAGCCCAGAGAACAAGGCCACCUUCCUGGAGAAAGAUGAGGUAUUUCCAUCAUAAUCUUCAUCAUACAAAGAUGAUAAUUUAUCAGAUUAGCACUAGUGCUUAGCUUGGUAGUUACACCAGGGUGUGCCUAUAAUAAGUGGUGACCACGCUGACAAUGCACUGAGUGGAUGGUGUCAUUCUAGCCAUGGGGAAAUUAUGUGAUUGAAAUUAAAUUGAAUUAUGUUUUCUUCCUUUACAGAGCAUCCGUGUUACACAUGAAUCCAGUGCACAGGAAGGACAGACUGAGGUGAGUAUUAAUUUUAAGGGUUUUCUUUUCUAAAACAACUUAAUUUGAGUUGAUUUUGAACAUGGUCAACGGCAGUCAAUAAGUAACUCCAGGGAGAACUUUUUGAAAGAGCGUGAAAUGGGGAGGUACUACCUAAACUUGUCCUUUGCAAACUCUUCUUUUCAUUUUCUAUUUGCCCAUACUGAACAUGACCCAGUUGUGCGUUUGAAUUACAUUCAUUUUGUCGACGGGCAUAACCUUUAUUUUUUGUUUUAUAGGCACCAAGCUUAGAUGAAAAAGUGGACUUGCAUUUCAUUGCUUUUGUGAAUGUUGGGGGACAUUUAUAUGAACUGGGUAAGUGAAACACCCCUUUCCACUUGAAAUGCUUUGUAGUGAACAUCUCACUAGCAGGAAUAAGAUACACAGAAAUGGGUUUGGUAACACUUCUUAUGAAUAACCUCUUCAAAAUGUCUUGUAAGCACAUUUAUAAUGCGUUUGUAGCCGACAUGAGGGGUAAUUUCCUUUUGGUCUAAUGGUGAAGACAUUGGUUUCUCCCGUGGGAGACCAAGGUUCAGAUCCCGCAUGUGACAAUGGCGCCCAACGUGGGGUGGUGUCUCGUGGGGAGGCUCAUGGUCUCGUGAUGAGGUAGCCCAGCCUGUGUCUUCAAAAUCAGUCACCCUCAGCCCAAGGGGGAAUUUCCUUCAGAUCCCGUCCGUGACAUGUUCAUUAAAAAUGUGCUUAUAAUGCAUUAUUAAGAGGGUAUUCUUAGGAAGUGUUACCAUGAGUUUUCUAUGCAAAUAAUCCACAUUACAAUGGGAUUGUUCUAUCAGACUUGCUCAGUCACUGCAGUGUGAUAUUGAUCAUGUGCUGCUGGAGCACUAUCUAUAGCAUUUGUUUCUCAUCUUGUGUUUUCUCUCAAGAUGGCCGCAAGCCUUUCCCUAUUGCCCACGGGAAAACAUCAGAAGUCCGCUUCCUUGAG